AUGGCACCCCCACUCAACUCUCAAGACGAUCGUGCAGCGUUCGUUGAUGCUUGCAUCAACAAGCGUAAGAAAGCGAUGCAUGCUUGGGAGUCACUUGGCUUGAUCAGUGAGAAGUUACAUGAUGAGCAACACGGCUACUUCGUCAACAAGGAAAAGGCCGACAAGGCUAACGAACUGCAAAGAGUGGUUGAGGGAAUAGCAAAGUCAUUCGCUACGUCGUAUCGUGGCACCAUUGAAGAGCUCCAUACCGAUCUCGCUGAAGAGCACGCGUUCUCGGAAGACGUUUUCCGGCUCGGAGAAGAAUUCGGAGUAAAGAUAUGGGGCCGUAUAGAAGACGGCGAAAUACGCUCGUCAGGCGAGUCCCAAGGAAACGGCAUCGAGGAGCAGGAUUGGGACGACCCAAAAGACCGCCAGAACAUUCUAUUUUACAUCCGAUGCUGGAUCAUAUGCACCGUGAUCAGAGAGUACAGGGCGACUCCACGAAAAGGCAAAGCGAAAGCUCGGACCCGGGACUUGAGCCCAUCCCAAGAUCAACAGGAUGAAGACAUUGUCCAAGAUCUCAUGGAGACUUACGACCCUAGUACCGAAGGUGGAUUGUUUCGAGCGCCAGAGCCACCACGUAUGUAUCCGACACCUGAACCGCGUAGAGAUACGACAGCCACCAGUGCCAACGAGAAGAUUACAAGCACCAGUUUCACAUCCAUAAAUAAGACUACAACACCAAAUAAGAGGAAAGCGCAAUAUUCCCACGAACGAACACCUUCUGGGAAGCUUCCGAAGCCUUCAAAGGGCGCUCGAACAAUCCCAGUUCUCACUCAUCAACAACGAGAUCCCUACUCAAUCCCUAUGUCCCCACCCGCAUUCCCAAAUCUAGGCCGCUCGUCAUUCGAAAGACGAAGAGAGACCACGUACGAUUCAGAUGCGACUUGGGUGCCGCCUCGUGAAGAGACUGCAGACGCGGAAACGGUGGUCGAUGCGGAGGAGAUCAACCCAGGAGAAGUCGACUCGCGCAUCCAGAAUGAUAUCGCCACAUCCAAUGCGGACGACAUGCAAUACGAGUACGACAACGAGAACGCCGCUGGUCCAUCGGGCACCUACCGAAACCCGCUCAGACAAGACUCCGUCAUACCAGACACACAAACGCAAAUCGAUGUAGUAGACGCUAUCAUCUACCCGCCAAGUGGCCAGCUCAAUCAGGACGAAGCGCGCACUCCAAGCGAUGCGUACACCGACGCCAUAAUCCGCUCCCUCAUUUCCGAUCGCUCCCCCGAAACGCUUCAGACGCGCACCUACCGCCUGGAACUCUACAGACUGCUCAUAGCGUAUCUAAACGGCAUCAAGAAUUUCGACUCCUCCAACUACGAUUCUGCCGCAGAGGAACGCAUGGAUCUCCUCCUCAGUCAAUUUCACUGUAUGGACUCUGAUGUCUUCCACUCUUUUCGUCGUAACAACGGUGCAGUUCACCUGCAUUACGUAUUCGAGAAAUGGAUGAGUAUGCGUCAUCGUCUCGAUGCUUUCCGUAGUGCGACAGGGUAUCUUGGCCCACCCGGGAGGGAAUGGGAGGAAUUUUUGAGGGGAUUAGAUGAUGUGCCGCAUGCGGAGGCCAUUCUAGCUUUUGUGGAUCUGAAGGAUGCUGGGGAUGGGGAAGAGGGAGAAAUGGCGCUUGGUGAUGGGUUUGAUGAGGAUCUCAUGAAGAUGUUUGAUAGGCUGACAAGAUUCCCGGAUUGUAAUGGGCCGGAGGCUUUCAAGGGUGUGAAGAAAUUUAAUGAGAGGUUGCUGGUGUGGUUUAGGAAUGAGUGA